CAGUCGAGUUCACGAAGUAGAGAAAAGCAACGGGAGGCGAUGCUCGGAUGAAUAAUCACUCUAAACGCAAAACACAUUAACAGAGGAACUGUUUUCAGUUGCUUGAUUCUCUAUAGCGCUGUUGACGGAGGAGCCACAGUAAUGUCUGCCCAGGCUCAAAUGAGAGCUUUGCUCGACCAGCUGAUGGGAACAGCGAGGGAUGGUUCAGUGUAUCUUUGCCAGCCUACAUCAAUCUGCAAAGGAGUUGCAGAAAAGCCUCAUGUUCAUCGAGCCGUAUGGGCAAGAAAACUGUUCCCAUUUAUACUUUUCUACAGCGGGUAUAAUAUUCUGCAGCUGAGGUCUUGAAGAUGCAGAAGGGUACAGUAUGUGGUGCAGAUCGCAGUGUGUAUAAACAACACUUUCUUCCUUGGAUUAGUUUUUGCAUUUUUGUUUGAAUUUUCUUCAAAUGUCUUACACUUGUAAACGGCUUGGCUGGAACAUAUGUGUGAAAUGUUUACAGUUUUUUUUAUUUGUCUUGUUCACAUUAUACAUUUUGACACAGUCAGUUUAAUAUGUUCAGAAGUCAUGGUACCAGUUUUAAGUAAACAUUUUGUAAUUACAAUGUUGUGUUACUCCCCUCUUGGCCUAGUUAUUUGAUGCUUCAGAUAUACAGCCUUGAGACACAGAGCCUCACAAUACAGUAAACUGAAUUGAGGCUUUUUUACAUUGUUAUCCAGGUAAGAAUAACUCUUAAUACCACAUACAGUUAAGGCUACCUAUUUCUCUUUAUUACUGAUGUAGCUUUCAUUUGUCAUUACACUCCCAUUGAGCUACAUAUAUUGAAUUUUUUAAAAUAAUCUCACACAAAUGAAAUUGUUUUGCAGUCAGUAGUUUUAUACGAAUUGGUUUUCAUUCAAUUAGCUGAGCACAGAAUCUUUGAAUGCUAAUUUGGUCACACAUGUUUGUCUAAUGCAUUUAGUGCUGUUGCAGUGAUUUAUCUUGAAGCUCUGGAUACGUCGCCAUUGCUGUCAAGUAUGUGAGAUUUCUCUCAAAUGUUGUUUUUUGGCUCUUUCAGGUGAUGAGACACGGCAGAGGGUCAAGUUCACCGACGAGCGAGUCUGCAAAAGUCACCUCCUCAACUGCUGUCCACAUGACAUCCUGUCUGGAACGCGUAUGGACCUGGGCGAGUGCACAAAGAUCCAUGACCUGGCGCUGAGGGCGGAUUACGAAAUUGCCUCCAAGGAGCGAGAUCUUUUCUUUGAGCUUGAUGCGGUGGAUCACCUGGAGUCUUUCAUUGCUGACUGCGACCGGCGGACAGAACUCGCCAAGAAGCGCCUGGCUGAGACCCAGGAAGAGAUCAGCGCUGAGGUGGCAGCGAAGGCGGAGAAGGUCCACGAGCUGAACGAGGAGAUCGGAAAGCUGCUGGCGAAGGCCGAGCAGCUCGGAGCCGAAGGCAACGUAGACGAGGCCCAGAAGGUCCUGCAGGAAGUGGAGAAGGUUCGCACCAGGAAGAAGGAUGCCGAGGAAGAAUACAGAAACUCCAUGCCGGCCUCCAGCUUCCAGCAGCAGAAGCUGCGGGUGUGCGAGGUAUGCUCAGCUUACCUGGGUCUCCAUGACAACGACCGCCGUCUGGCUGAUCAUUUCGGUGGCAAACUGCACCUGGGCUUCAUCCAGAUCCGAGAGAAACUGGACCAGCUGAAGAAAACUGUGGUGGACAAGCAGGAGAAGAGGAACCAGGAGCGCUUAAAGAGACGAGAAGAACGAGAGAAGGAGGAGAGGAUGAGGAAGAGGACCAGAUCACGGAGCAGAGAGCAUAGAAGGUCCCGGUCUCGUGACCGCAGGAGGCGGCGCUCGCGCUCCACAUCACGGGACAGGCGCCGCUCCCGCUCGCGCUCCAGAGAGAGGAGGCGGCGGCACCGCAGCCGAUCCCGCUCACGCAGCCGAGGACACCGCCACAGCCACGAGCAGAGCUCCAGACACAAGUCCUCCAGGGACCGAGAGCGCUUGUCCAGAGACCGCUCCCGGGAGCGGGACCGGAGGGACGGCAUGAACGGCCGGUCAGACUCCCGGCGGGGAGACGACAGGGACAUGGGGGACCUCUGAAGACCAAACUCCACACACCACUACACACAGCCUCCCGUGUCCCCUCCCCUCCUCUCCCCUCCGUCUGUCCAUUUCUAAGAAGCCUCGUGUUCCCCUCCGCCCUCCUCUUGACCCCCUGCCCCCCGCCUGCCUCUUUUCUUUGCUUCGCUGCCGCCGACCCAGAGCAUACACAUUACUGGAGUAUAGCACGGAGUCACUCUUCCUGUAUCCACAUACAUGACGUUGCUGUUGGAUCAUUGGCAGGUUUGUUAUUGAUGAGUAGUGGAGUGUCCUGUAAACCCACCCAGUCCGCCUUCGGUCUCGUCUCUCCUCCACAGCGAGCCGGACUGGAGCAUGAAGCGUAACUCAUCCAUUUUCUUUUUAUUAUCCACCGAUGGUCUUUUGAUAAAGAAUCUGUAAAUACGUCUUGGGCCUACUGAUUGUCAUGGUCUGGUCUGUCCUAUCCAGUAGUUUUUCUUUCUUUCUGAUCCUUGCAAAGAAUUCUUUCGACUGUUUAAUGAAAAUAAAGUGCAGUUCUUGAAUCUCUGUCCACGAAAUUGUCUCAGACAUGAUGUCUCUUCACCAGUCCAGUCCAAAAACCAGUUUCUACAGUCGCUGUUAGCAUCCAACAUCUGACGAAUCGGAUUUGAUGCUUCCUGUCUUGAUGGGAGUCUGUUGGGCCAGUAGACAUUAACUCAUGUUCGGUUUUAUUUUAUGUUUUUCCUGUCUCUACCUUUAUAAAGAACUAGUUUUGGCACGUGAAGCCGAUAGAACGAGGAGAUGACGCGUUGCGAAUUCACUUGUGAAACUAGAUAUGUUGUCUAAAUUGUGUUAUAAAUUAAAAUUUUUUUGCCCGUAUGUGGACAGAGUUACAGUAAAACGGAUUUUAAUGGAUGCACUGCUUUACCUACUGUGUGAAGUCUCAUCUGUUUAUGUUCUGCUUAAGAUCUUCCGUUUGAAGUCUCGAUUAAAAUAAAAUAAAAAAUCCCAUCAUUUCAAUUUU